AUGUUUUUCCUACCCACCAAGGAUUGCAAGGAAUAUCGCCUUGAAGGGUGCCUCGUCGGACACAAGAAUGUGAUCAAUUGCUUGACUGUCUCGAGCAAUGGCAGUCUGUUGGCAAGCAGUGGCUCGGACGGCAUGAGAAUUUGGGAUCUCAAACAGCGACUUCAGCUCCCAUCUCCGCGUCAAAACAUAGGGCUUCAAAAUCCAGCCAAUCCUGUGAUGUGCGCAUGCUGGAUCACCUGCCUAGAUGCGACACGCGAGACAUUGUGCUAUGGCACAGGACUAGGAUUCAUUGGAAUUUGGCAACAGCAGGGUGAAGGCAUGGAGGACUUUGACGCUAAAGUGUCAAGAAGAAUAGCACAGGACAAACAUAUUCAAGUUUGGUCAUUUAAUUUCAAAGGACCACUACUUCCAAUCUUCAGCAUUGAACUCUCUACUAUGAUUCUGCGCACAAUAAACUUCAGCCACUCUGCAAGUCAAAACUUAUUAGUCUUCGGAAUGUAUGAUGGAGAGGUACAUGCACUUUGGGGUACAGAUGGAGUUAUUAUUGCUAUGAACAAUGCUGGACCCCUGAUUGGGCACGCUUCCGUGGACAACGCUCAAACACUCUUCCUCAUCGACAACGUGAUGAAUGGAUUUAGCUUGCACCACCUGGACGAUGCAGUGUGCAUCCGAACCUACAAUACUAACCCAGUCAAAACAUUCCCAAAACAAGUAGUGUUUGGCGAAAAGACUGACAUGGUGGUUGGUGGCAGUGAUGCAGGUGUCAUAUAUGUUUUCGACAAGAAUGAAGGAACCCUUAGGCAAGUGUUGAAACAUGCUGACAAGGCGAGAAGUAGGCGUCUGACAGACUAUGAGACCCAUGAUGGGACUUACCACAGUAUAAUUGUUGGGGCAACAUCUCAGAAUGAUGCAGAGCCGGUCAUCUCCAUCUGGAGUCACCAACGGAACAAUCUUGAGAUGCCACAUCCACUAGGGAGGGCAUUCAAAAACUUUGUGUGGGGAGUUGUACAGUUGGCUAUCGCAAUGGCUCUGCUUACAUAUUGUGUUACGAUGAACACAUCAAUAUCGUUCGAGUCACUGGGGAGUAUCUGGCAAAACUUGGCUCGACCGCAGGACCUGACGAAUGAGGAUAUCCGUGUCUGGGUAGAGCAGUAUAUUGAGCACCAAGGGGAGAUGAACUACAGAACAAUGUCCAAACGUGUUGCAUCAAAUGAUGAUGCACCUACGGCGAAGUGCAUCAGGAUUGAUGAAGACAGUCAGAGUCAGACAGCACCCCUGGCGGAUGAGCGCACAUGGAGAAUUUUGGAAGAGUUCCUCACCACCGACAUGACGUACCCUCAGAUGGAGGAAGCCCUUCUAUCAUACCUCGGCAAUCAAUAUUCUGAAGACGAAUGGAAGGAAUCCCGAGAUGCGUUAUUCUCCAGUGACAGUGAUGACAAAAUCGCCCUGGAAAACCUUCGUGUUGUGAAGGCAAAGCACAUACCUCUGGCCUCCUGUGUACCCAAAGAUCAUUCUGUUACAGACAGGCGAUUGUCCCAGGCGCAUCACCUGCAGUCAAAAAAUCCCUACCUCGAUCUGUAUGCAGGAGAAGAUGAUGGUGAGGAGGACAAGGAGGACGAGGAUGAGGGGGAGGACGACAAUGACAGUGACGUCAUCGAUGAUGACGCGUGGAAGGUUACAUGCUUGCCAGGAUCAUCAUCAGCCACUAGGUUUGCCGCGGUCAUCGAUGACCUCGCGGAUAAAUUUGAGGAUACACAGCACAAUUCAUCACAAGAUCGCCAGCCUCUGCCCUCUUCAAUAUCUGGCUUGAUCGCUUUGGCUUCAGCUCGGUCGCAGGAUGGGAGGAUGUAUCUUCUUCAUGUCUGCCGAAAUGCCAUAGACUAUGUUGCUCAACACCUUCGGAAGAAGAAUUUUCGCGUCACAAUGUCAGCAUGGCUAGCAGGUCAGCUUUAUGUAGUGGCAGACAGCCCUAAAACCAUCUCCCAGUCCCUUCCUUUCUCACUCUACCUCGUGGUGAAAGAAUAUGUCGUUAUAUCGGAUGAAGAACGUGAAGUGGUCGAGCAGUCUUGCAAAAAACUUCCCAACCCAGCGUGGGUGAGGUUCAAACAUGACAAGUACAAGGGCGACAUCACCCAAGUCUUCGAUUCCGACUUACUGAACAAUUUUGUCGCAGUCUUAGUUCCCCCACGGGAGUUACUUUAUCCCAUGCCUCAGGGAUCUCGGUCAUUACUCGACUGA